AUGUUUGGCCUAUUCCGAUUGACAAAGCCGGCGAAAGCCCGCAUUGGCAGCACUGGCUUUGUAAAGCGACUAUGCGGCAACACCACCCGCGAGCAUGAGGCGCGCAACAUGCGACGCAUCCUCAACGCCAGCGACAGACAAGAUGUGCCCAUCUAUCUGGGGGCCGUGGAGCCGCUGAUAAGCUGCAGCGAAGAUGACAAAAAGUAUUUCCAUGGAUGCGACGGCUUCGGCGACUGUCUGGCGGCGUGUGACAGCGAGGAGUCGCUAGAGAGCAUCGUGCAGGCGGAGCAUGCGGUGACCGCCAUUUACAAGCUAUGCCGCCAGCGACCCAAACAGAUCACCGUGUUCGCGGUGGGGCCUCUGACCAAUCUGUCCCUCGGCUUCACCAUGUACGGUGAAGAGUUCGGCCAGCAGUUGAGGGACCUCUACAUCAUGGGCGGCAACUAUCAGGGCGUGGGCAACUCCUCGCGUUCGGCGGAGUUUAACUUCCAUUCCGAUCCGGAGGCCGCACAUGCCGUGCUGCUCAAGACACACUGUCCGAUCACCAUUCUGCCCUGGGAGGCUUGUUUUCCAGAGCGUUUCAACAUACACAUUAAUUGGCGCCUGGAGCAAUUCGCGGUCAGAGCGGCGGCCGUCCAGCAUUCGGCCAUCACACUGCUGAACCGCGUGGAGAGCGCCCAGUGGCUGCCCAUGAUGGAACAGUAUGGGAUCGACACGUGGAAUCCCUGCGAUGCUAUUGUGGUGGCAGUUUGGCUCUUCGGGGACCGGCUCGUGCGGAAGCAAAGUACGUGGCAUGCCACAGUGGACCUGCGUGGCACGCAUACACGCGGCCAGAUGGUGCUCGAUCAUCUGCGGGAGCGGGAAAAGUAUCCUGAGAACGUGCGGAUCAUCGAGCUGGUCGACGCCGAGUUCUUCAAACGGAUUGUCGAGUGGGUUGCGGGGCUGGUUGGUGGGGAAUUUCUGUUCAAUAAAUAA